AUGCGCUUCACUGCUGUCCUCUUCGCCGGCGUCUUCGCGGCCUUCGCAAGCGCCCAGUCCACCACUGUCUCCUCGAGCCCGAGCGCCACCACCGACCCCGUCCAGGCCUCCAUCAUUGCCUGCCUCAACAAGUGCGAUGAUGGCGACGUAGACUGCACGGCUCACUGCAUUGCUGUCCCCAACCCCAACAACUCUCAGGUCAACGCGACCAACGAGUGCGUCGCCGACUGCCCCCAGGGCAACGGCACCGCGACCGACAACCUCAACUACGCCAACUGCGUCCAGGGCUGCAUCGGCAAGUACUACUACACCAGCUCCGUCGGCACGCCCCAGACCACCGGCGGCUCCGGCUCCGGCUCCGGCGCCUCGGGCUCUGCUUCCGCUACCGCGACUGGCACUGGCUCUGCUGCUUCUGGCACCGCUGGCUCCUCUGGCACCGGCACCUCGUCUGGAACUGCGACUGGCGCGUCUGCUUCGUCGACGAACGCUGCUGAGGUCCUGCGCGUUGGCACCACGGGCGUUGGAUUGUUGGGCCUGCUCGCUGCCUUUAUGGCUCUCUAG